AUGUGUGAAUAUGAAGAAGGUGAAGAACUUCGCUAUCUACCCUGUCUACACACGUAUCAUCGUAUCUGUAUUGAUGAUUGGCUUAUGCGAGCAUUAACCUGUCCUUCGUGUUUAGAAGAAAUACGACCUAAUUCACCAGCAAGAGCUCGUUCUAAUAAUGGAACUCAAACGGAGAAUUUUUUUAAUGGUACAUCAGAGACACCUGCUGUUAACCACCACCACCACCAGACAACUGAAACUUCUGUUCCUACUUCAUGUCCUCCUGCUCCUCCUCCUCCUCCUCCACAACCGCCACAACAACAACAACAGGAUAGUCAACCGACCAAUGAAUUUAGAAGACCUAGUGUUACUGAAUUUCGUACUAGAAAUGUCCACUCGAAUUCAUCCAGUCAAUCACAAACUAUUCAACGUCUGAUUUUAGGCAAAUUAAAAAGUCAUAAUAACAGUAGUGGUGGAGAUGUAUCAGAUAUUCUCAGCAAUUCACCCACCAGUGUAGUACAUCCUCUUUCUCGUCAUCAUCGUCAUCAACAACAACAUCAUCGACGUACACGCUCGAUUGGUCCAAGUAGACGAUCUCAUUCUGUAAAUGCUUCCAGUGCUGCAACUUUGCCUUAUCGUCGUGGGAAUAGUGUCACAGCGAUUGAUACUAUUCAACCUGUACAGUCAAGUGAUGAUGAUAAUUUAUCAGGAUCAACUAAUCGAAAUGAUUUUUUUCCCAGUCCAACGAAUACAAGACGCAGACAAUUGAAUGGAGAUUCGAAUGAGGCUCAACCACGUUGAAUGUUUGCUUGUUUCUAUAUCAAUCACUAUAGUGACAAAUCGUGUUGUUUUGAUUCAGUUAAAAAACUACAUCGAGAACAACACUAGUCGUUUACUUAUCAAUCCUGCUUGUACAGAUAAUAAAGAAACACUAAUAAUAAUAUUUAUAAUAUUAUCUUCUCAUGAUGAUAACUAACCUUCAUUCUAUGAUAGUGUUCAUCUCAGCAGUCACAGCAG